CGCACACCCCCUGCAUUCUUUCAACUUACCUCUUUGGGAUCUUUUGACCCGUCCACUCACUCAAACACAUUCAUUUCAUCAACAUGAAGUCCUUUAUUCUUGCUGCAACGGCUGCAACGGCCGUUUCCGGUCUCGGUCUUCUUGAGCUGGGUCUCGGAACCGACAUGACCAAGUCUGUUAACUUGGGUUCCGGUCUCAGCGUUCACCUGCCCCAGGGUAUCAACGAACAGGCCGUCACCGAGAACAAGCCUACAUCUGCUCCUCCUCCCGGAUAUGUUAACAUUUGGCAUCCGUCACACCCGGGAAUUGUGAUUGAUGGCUGCGAUGAUGAAGCCGACCAUGAUUGGCAUUGGGUUCAUCCUUGUGGCGAUAACUGCAAGCCUGAGCAGCCUGAUCACGUCUGGAGCGUCAGCACGGUCAGCGUCACCUCGAUUCACACCGUCAUUAGCUGUGCUCCCACGGUGACCAACUGCCCAGCCAACGGCCACCACACCACCACGAUUGUCAUCCCCGAGACCACCACCUUCUGCCCUGUUGAGGCUUCCAAGACCGCUCACCCGGGCGGUCCAUCCACCGCGGCGUAUCCUCCGGCUGCUUCUUCUCCGGCAUACUCGGCUCCCGCUGCGACUAACACCGGCGUCGUCACCCUGAGCACUCAGACCGUUCCGGCUCCAACCGGUCCUGCCGGCUACCCGGCUCCCUCCAACUCGGCUGCUGUUCCCUCCGGUCCCGCCUCGGCUCCCGCUGUUUCUCCCUUCCCGGCCUACCCCGUGCCCGGUAACAGCUCAGCCCCGGCUUACACUGCUCCGUCCACCUCUGCCUACUCUCCUCCUACUCAGUCUUCUCCUGCCGGCUGCUCUGGCGAUGACUGCACUCCCUCUUCUCCCUCUUCUCCUCCCACCUACUCUUCUCCUCCCAACGCCCCCGGCUUCCCUGCUGAUGGAUGCAGCGGUGCCUACUGCGCCCCUCCUCCCGCCGGUACUGCUCCCGGUACCGCAGCCCCGGUCCCUACCGGAAACAGCACCACUCCCCUGCCAAUCAGCGGUGCUGUUAGCCGCACCCAGGGCGUCAGCAUGGCUCUCUUCGGAGGUGUCAUUGCUGCUUUGUUCCUGUAAGGCCAAAAAACAAGCAUAUAAGUGAUGCGGAGGCUGUAAUGGCAGUGUAUCUAAUGCUCCGGAGGGAGACCAGUAUAAUACUGCAUAUACCUUGAUGAGUUACGGGACGUCUGGUGGGGAAACACAAACCCACCGCCUCUUUUUGUUUAUUGAAUUCAGUAUAUUUAAUUUUGAAUUUCUCAUGAAGGGGGCUACGCUGGCGUGCAAGAAGCUGAAGAUACGCUCGACGGGAGGUGGACAGCCGGAAUCGAGGUAUGGGAAGCAGGGUUUUGAUUGUCGAUUGUGAUUAAAUUGAUUUUUGGUUAU